GAGUACGGGAGGGGAAAAGCAGGAACGUAACAAGAUGAGUGCUGCAUCCACAGUACGCAAUGUAUGUGCACGUGCAUGUAAGUGCGUGCGUGAAUCUAUGCAGGUAUAAUAUUGACUAAUUUGUUCCACUAUUGUGGUUGAUGUUGUUGCUGCUGCUGCUACCACUGCUACUGCUGAAGAUGUAGGUGAAUAAUUGUAGCCUACAUCUGGUUUUUGUCGCAUAUUCUUGAGAAUUGCGGUCAUUGGGACCCCCGUCUGUGAUAAAAACGCUGCGCGACGAUCCUCCUACUUUCGGUCUAAACGGUGUGGUAUCACGUGACACAAUUCGCCAACUCUUAUUGGAUCCCACAACGUCCACGAUUACCCAACGUCAUUGUUCCGGUAUGUGGCAUGGCAUGUUCCCUACGUCAUCCACCCUGCGCUUUUUUGUGUUUUCUUUUUUUUUUUCCUAUACCGAAACGAGUGAAAGGGAUACGUUGCACGUGCAAGCGACGCCAUCAGCAGCCGACUACAGGGAGGCCAUAAACACCUUUGGACCGCUGGAAAAAAAAAAACAAAACAAGGACAGACGUGUCCCACAGCUCCUCGGGCUGGGAGCCAGUCUCGCCGGAACACCACGUGACCACGUGAUGCCGUGACGUGACUUCGCGCCGCACGAGCCUGGGCCGACUCCAGCAGGUUGGUCUGUCAAAACACUCCGUUGAACGCGGUCCUCGGUGGCUGGUGAUCUGGCGUAACGCCGGGUGCUCACCACAGACAAGCCGCUGGCUCACCAGGCCCUGCGAGUCUGGCACUACCCCGCACCUCCACACAGCCACACAGCCAUGAUGCUCCCCCGUCAGCCAACCCACUGCUGGCUCGGCGUAAAACCUCAACAACCACCUACCCGUCAGUAGACUCACAUCUACAAACAGUUCGUCGACGGGACCUUUGAAGACUUCUCUUCCUCGCACUAGUGACGAAGUGGUGAGACCAGGACAGAGAGGGGGAGAGAGCGGCGCUGGGGGAGAACACCGCACUAAACCUGUUUCCUAGGAGAAAACGCAGGUUGGAAAAGUGUUGGCGACGAUGCCAGCAGCUGAGGUUGCUGCUGUCGAGGGCUGUGUGUGUACAGGUAACGCCGCUGGUGUGCAUUGACAGUUCGUGAACAUGUGUUCUGUAAUGAACGUGCUGUCACGGAUGAUUACCUCCACUAGUCUUACCGUCUGUGAGAGCAUCUCUGAAGUCUGAUGCUGGAAGCCCCUAUUCUAAGGUCGAUUUGAAAGUUUAAAGUUUGGAACCCCAUCAUCUGACGCCUUCAAGAUGGCGACGGAGGAGUACGUCAGACAGCAGCAGCAGGUGACGUGCAUGUCUUUUGCCCGUCAGCACGUCAAGCGCGAGCUGUGGUCGUACUUUGCACUGGCAGGGCUCUUCUUCAUCUACCUGGGCGCCAUCAUCAUCGUCUACGCCGUCAAAGGAGUCUUUUCUGCCCAUGCCGCCAUGACGUUCUGCGGAGUGUUCCUGGCGGGGGCAGGGGCCGUGAACCUCAUCGCCUCCUGCGUCUUCUAUCGUCACCAUCGACACCACCACCAGUCCCUCAGCUGCCUUAGCGACAAGGACGAGGAGGCGAAGGCCUCUUCCAAGUCGCCGGCGCCCAGAGAGAGGAGUCGGCUUCAGGGACCCAACCUCCCGGUCUUCCUGACCCCGAGUUUGCGAAGUACGCGGAGUUUGCUACCAGAGAUACUCGAGACGAGGCCAAGAAAUAUCGCAUGCUGCAGCUGUAUGAGCCCACACGCAUCACAAUCAGCUUCGCCCACGGGUACUGGACGGACCAGCAGAAGUCAGUAGUCAGUCCCACCUCCCAGAAUCCGUCACUGGUUCACCCCCUGCCUCCCAGCAUCCCCGGGCUCUCCUUCCCUUCACCUCCGGCAGGCGCGAGGCUGGACCAGCACGUGUCGACACUUCGGGAGCUUCUAAUGACAUCUCCGUGGUGUGGAGUCCGGGCAAAGUGGUCCAAAGUUCCGGCACGGCCGCCAAGCAGGAACACAAGGACAACUCGCAGUCCCUAGGGAGUCCAGGCAAGAUAAUCCAGGGAGCAUUCGGUGCACAGAAUAUUGGCGAGAAAAACAAUGAGAUGGGUGCACGGAAAUUUGAACAGGUGAUCAGCGAGACAAGUGUACGUGUUUCUGGACAAGCAAACAGCAUCCAUCAUAGACAGACCAAUGAUCUGUCCAAGUCCUCAACCUCAGGUGACAAGGUCAAGGGGUCAGUGGCGACAGGUUCUGGACAAAUGAACAUCGGGGCGAGUAAGCAACAGAGUGGAGCAGGUGUGCGGAGUUCUGAGCAGGCAAACAAAAGAGCGAGUAUUCGUAGUACAGAGCAAACAAGCAAUAGAGCGAAUGCUCACAGUUCAGAGCAAGCGCGCAAACGAGCGAGUGUUCGAAGUUCAGAGCAAUCAAGCAACAAGGCGAGCAUUCGAAGUACAGAAACACAAGAGUCUCGAGGUUCCAGAAGGACAAGCCAAAAUCAGCUUCAUAGACAAACAUCCAAAAAUAGUGACCGCUCGUGAGUUCCAGUGAGUUCCAGUGAGUUGUAGACUAAUGACAACUGCCCCUGGUGUGUGUAAAGUCUUCUCAAACUCGUUUAGAAUUUUAGAGAAUGAGCUGAGUGUUGUGAUUGUCGUACCCAACAUCCCGACACUUUGGCAGUUGAAGUCGAAGCAUUGCAACGCGUGAUUCCAAGUACAGAAAGCAACAGUCUUGGGGCUGUUUGGAUAAAGUGAGAGUUGAGUCGUUACCCAUGGGAAAGAUGGCGAAUGAAGGAAACAGUAUCGUAACGACUCACUGUACAGACCGCAGAUAUCGCUUGAUGCUACUUUAUCCUAAAGGCUCUUUGCCACUGACCUCUCCAGGGCUAAUGAAUGUAACAUCCAUGUAUGUGUGAGAGAGAGAGUAUGAGAGAGAGAGAGGGUUGUAUUGUGUGGUGAAGUAUAAAUUAGUUCGCGCAUUCAUCGCAGAAGAAGGAAAGAAGGGGCAGAUGGCGAAUGUAAAUGUUGAUGUGAUGUAUAUCAGCUGUUCGGUGGUACAUGUGAAUGUUGAGAUGAUGUGAUGUAUAUCAGAUGCUUGGUAGAGGGACUUAAAUGUGUUGAGAUGGUGUAACAGAUAUCAAUUAGUUUGAAGAUUGUCGAAGUGGUCGAUGUGAAAGUGUUGAUUUAGACUUACUGGUGUGAAUAUUACCUCGAGCUGAAUGUCUCCUUGAAGGGCUUUCUUAACUAGACACACAUUGUGAAACAUGGCGGUGAUAUAAAAACAAAGAUCGCAAACAGAGUGACACAUUGGACAGCAUGAGCCCCGAUAAGUCCUUUAGGUCCUGGCUUGUGGGGAACACCACUGCCAUCCAUUCCCCUCACCCUACCCCAUCUCAGCCGUUUCCUUCACACAGUAUGCGGACCUGUUGAUGGAACAGACUCCUGGCCAGCGAACCAACAACAAACUGAGUGAGCAGAACUCGACCGGUGAGAUUGACCUCAGCAAGUGGAAACAACCUGCCAACCAUGUGGCCAGACAAAUGGAUAACUAAAACUGACAGUUGUGGACGCUGAGAGACCGGUGGCUGAUACCCUGGAGCCGCGAAAGCCAUUCGAGCUUUUGGUGGACAAUGUUUACAACCUUGACCCUGUCAAACUUGAAUCCUCCUUGUGGACUGUCCUGAGAUGUUUCUGCCAGUGAUCGUAUCCCAGCGUGUUGCUGUUCCUGCGUGGUGUUGUACGGAGAAACAUUUUCCCAUUUCCGUUGUAGACUCUGCUUUCUUGGCGAAUGUCUCCUUCUGAGACUUGUUAGCUCAACAUAUUUUUCUUUCUGUUGUUCUUUGUAAACAUUGCUAGUCAGGAAACAAGGAGAAAAGCGGGGGAAAGUUCAGAAGAGGAUCUGUCGCCCGAAUUCUUUUUUAAUGCCAUUGAUAUCCUACUGUUAUCUCCAUUGAAAAAAAAAAAUAAAAAGCAGGGAGGAACAGAGUGAGAA